AUGGCUACAACAAUGAGUUUAUCUAACUUAUCCACAAAUAUCGAUUUAUUAUCAUCAUCAUCAUCAUCAUCAGCAGCAGCAGCAGUCGCAGCAGCAUCAUUACAUGGACAUGAUGUAACUAUCCAAACAAAUAAUAGUCAUAAUUCAUUAGAUCAGUCAAUUACACCACAAUUAUUUACUCAAUUAGGAACAAUUACCUCUUCUACAAUAUCACGUGAUCCUAAUGAAUUAUGUACAAAUUUAAAUAUGGUUGAUAGACAUUUAACAAAUUCUAAUUUUUCUUCAUUUAUUCAACAACAUUCACAAUAUCCUAUAUCAAAUCAAUUAACAUCAAAUUAUUUUACACAAUCUAAUACACAUUUAUCUACAACUAAUUGUGUCAGUAUGUUACAACAACAGCAACCGCAACCUCAUCAUCAUCAUCAACAUCAGCAUCAACAACAUUCAGAAUUGAAACGUGAUCAUUAUGAAAUGUUAGAUAUGUCAACAGAUCCAACUAAUCAAUUUGGUUUAGUACGUUCAUGGAUAGCUCAACAACAACAACAACAACAACAGCAACAAAAUCGGCAGAAUAAUGUUAAUCAUCUUCAUCAUCCUAAUCCUCAUCAAAAUUCACCAGAAUGUUCUAAUUCACCAUCGGAUCAGUCUAAUUUUUUAAUUAAUACACCUAAUCAAUCACAUGGUUGUCUUAUGAAUUCCCAAUCACAAAAUAAUAAUAAUAAUAAUAAUAAUAAUAAUAAUAAUAAUAAUUUUAAUCAUAUUUUAUCUAUAUCACCUAAUUCUUUGGGUAAUCACAAUACAACUAAUAAUAAUAGUAAUACUAAUAAUAGUACAAAUAAUGGUACUCGUAAUGGUUCAAUGGUUUCUGCAUAUUCUGCAGUUGCUGCAGUACAUCAUUUAACUCAAAUGAGUAAUCAAAUGGUUGGUGCAAUAAAUGCAAGUAAUAAUAAUAAUCCUAAUAACAAUUCUGUUGUUGGAUGUUUAUUUGAUAAUACUACUGGUUCAAUGAUCAAUAAUCAUGUUCCGUUCAAUAAUAGAGGUUUAUCAUCGAAUCAGUUAGUAAAUCCUACAAGAUAUACACAUUGUACACCACGAAUGGAAGUAGCAUGGGCUCGUUUCGAGAAACAACCACCGAAUAAUUUACGUAAAAGCAAUUUUUUUCAUUUUAUUAUUGCUUUAUAUGAUCAAAAUAGACAUCCAAUUGAAGUAGAACGUGCUGCAUUUAUUGACUUCGUAGAAAAAGAUAAAGAACCGGAGGGUGAAAAAACCAACAAUGGAAUUCAUUAUCGAAUACGUUUACUAUUUGCUAAUGGUGUUCAACAAGAUCAAGAUUUAUAUAUUCGAUUGGUGGAUUCAUCUACAAAACAACCUAUUGCCUAUGAAGGACAAGAUAAAAAUCCAGAAAUGUGUCGAGUACUACUUACACAUGAAGUAAUGUGUAGUCGAUGUUGUGAAAGAAAAAGUUGUGGUAAUCGAAAUGAAACACCAUCAGAUCCUGUCAUUUUAGAUAGACAUUUUCUUAAAUUCUUUAUGAAAUGUAAUCAGAACUGUUUAAAAAAUGCUGGUAAUCCACGUGAUAUGCGCCGAUUUCAAGUUGCAAUAUCAUCAACACAUGCAAUUGAACGUAAAUUACUUUGUAUAUCAGAUAAUAUGUUUGUGCAUAAUAAUUCAAAACAUGGACGUCGUAUUCGUCGAACAGACUCCAUUGAUGGUGAAACGUUACAUUCUACUACUACUACUACUACUACUACUACUACUACUACUACUACUACUACUACUACUACUACUACUACUACUACUACUACUACUACUACUACUACUACUACUACUACUACUACUACUACUACUACUACUACUACUACUACUACUACUACUACUACUACUACUACUACUACUACUACUACUACUACUACUACUACUACUACUACUACUACUACUACUACUACUACUACUACUACUACUACUACUACUACUACUACUACUACUACUACUACUACUACUACUACUACUACUACUACUACUACUACUACUACUACUACUACUACUACUACUACUACUACUACUACUACUACUACUACUACUACUACUACUACUACUACUACUACUACUACUACUACUACUACUACUACUACUACUACUACUACUACUACUACUACUACUACUACUACUACUACUACUACUACUACUACUACUACUACUACUACUACUACUACUACUACUACUACUACUACUACUACUACUACUACUACUACUACUACUACUACUACUACUACUACUACUACUACUACUACUACUACUACUACUACUACUACUACUACUACUACUACUACUACUACUACUACUACUACUACUACUACUACUACUACUACUACUACUACUACUACUACUACUACUACUACUACUACUACUACUACUACUACUACUACUACUACUACUACUACUACUACUACUACUACUACUACUACUACUACUACUACUACUACUACUACUACUACUACUACUACUACUACUACUACUACUACUACUACUACUACUACUACUACUACUACUACUACUACUACUACUACCACCACUACUACUACUACUACUACUACUACUACUACUACUACUACUACCGUUACUGUUAUGUUCUUAUGA